AUGCCUCUUUUUGCGCAAAAGACGGGCCUGCCACAGCACAAACACGCCUACCUCUCGGGCAACUUUGCUCCCAUCAGCCAGACGAUGCCUCUAACCAAAUGCACCUACGAAGGCGUCCUUCCGUCUGAGCUUGCGGGUGGUGAAUAUGUCCGCAAUGGCGGCAAUCCCGUGUCGAACGAAGACCUGGGUCGCGAUGCCCAUUGGUUUGACGGUGACGGUAUGCUGAGCGGAGUCUCGUUUACAAAACAACCAGACGGCUCCGUUCAGCCCGAGUUCGUCAACCAGUACAUCUUGACAGACAUCUUCCUCUCCACCGUCGCCUCUCCACGUCUACGCUCGCCCAUCUUGCCCAGCAUCGCAACUCUGGUCAAUCCUCUGGCCUCGCUCAUCACUAUCGUCCUACGAAUCCUCCGCACCAUCGUGCUUGUCAUCCUAUCCUUCUUGCCGGGCUCUACCCGCGCCAUCAAGAAAAUCAGUGUUGCCAACACCUCCAUCUUAUAUCAUGACGGCAGAGCUUUGGCGACCUGUGAGAGCGGCCCGCCAAUGCGUAUCGCGCUCCCUGGUCUGGAAACUGUUGGCUGGUACGACGGUAAUCGAGCCGAAGGCGAGCCCGACGCUCAUGACAAACAUGAUCCAUCCUUCUCAGGCAACGGCUUGCUAGGCUUCAUGCGUGAGUGGACCACUGCUCACCCAAAGGUCGACCCUACCACCAAAGAGAUGAUGCUCUUCCACUCGACCUUUUUCCCUCCCUACGUUCAAUACUCCAUCAUCCCGCCAACCUCUGCUCGCUCCGAAACCAACAAAGGCAUCGUCCAACGCCCUGUCCCUGGUAUCACUGGUGCCAAGAUGAUGCAUGACUUUGGUGUAUCUCUUCAGCACACCAUCAUCAUGGAUCUUCCUCUUUCUCUCGACCCUUUGAACCUGGCUAGGAACAAGCCUGUCAUCGACUACGACGCCACGAAACCCGCUCGCUUUGGUGUCUUUCCCCGUCACCACCCUGAUCAAGUCAAGUACUUUGAAACUACCGCUUGCUGCAUCUUUCACACCGCCAAUGCUUGGGACGACUUUGAUGCCUCGGGUCAGGUUGAGACCGUUCACCUUCUGACUUGCAGGUUGACAUCCGCAUGUCUCGUCUUCAGCGCUGGUAACAUUGCCGCUCCUCGUCCUACGAAGGAGACUGUCAAGGCUGUAAAGAAGAACAUGCCUUUCUUCUCAAAAUACAACGCAAGCGAACAGUGCCUUUAUGACGGGGCACCUACGCUAGAAUCGCCUCUUCUGGCGCGCGAGCCACUCAUUCAAAUAACAAGCGAUGAUGAGGCAAUUCCUGUCCCCUCUGACGAGACAGAUGGCCAAGUUGAAGAGAUUCCAGAUGAGGACGACCAGUGUCGCCUGUACCACUACGCAUUUUCCCUGAAAUCCUCUCGUAUCACUGCUCAGUAUUCACUGUCCGCCAUCUCUUUCGAGUUCCCGUCUGUUCACCCCGAAUUCGACAUGCAGGAAGCUCGCUAUGUCUAUGGGUGUAGCACAACAGUCUCCUCUUUCAAUGCAGCUUUGGGUCGCUCUGUCAAAAUUGAUGCACUUGCCAAGAUCGACGCAAAGGCGCUGAUCGAAAAGGGUGAUCGGUUGAUGCAAUUGGGAAAGCUCGAACCGGUCACUGGUUGCGUUGAUACUCGCACUGUCCAAGAAGUUAUUGACAGCGCUCUGGACAACGAUCCGAUUCAGGUGUUCCGCAUGCCUGCUGGCUGGUUCGCGCAGGAGCCUAGGUUUGUUCCUCGCAAGGCUGCCCCGGGACAAACUCUUGCAGAAGACGAUGGGUACCUUCUCACAUACGCUUUCGAUGAGUCUCAGCUUUGCGCAGAUGGUGAGGUGCCUUGCGACGCGGACACUGCCAAUCGAGCCAAGAGUGAGCUUUGGAUCAUUGAUGCCAAGGACAUGCGAUCAGUUGUUGGGAGAGUUGCUCUUCCGCAACGCGUUCCGUAUGGUCUCCAUGGUGUUUGGUUCCCGGAGGAGGAUAUACUCGGCCAAAAGGCCGUUGACACGGUUCGCAGCAUCAGCGAAGCCAAGUCAAACAAAAAUGAAGGCAUCUGGAUGAACAUCCGAGCCUCGAUAGAGGGCAUGCUCUCUUAA